AUGAAAAUAUUCUCAAUAAAUACACAGCGAAAGAACACCUCAAUACGCGAUCUGAACCACGCCCUCAGCACAGACACGUGCGAGCUGAUCGUAUACGACAGAAUGUACAAGAAGUACCUCCUGAAAGUCGACGGGAAGCCUGAAAUCUUCGUGGAGGAGGGAGAGAGCAACGUUUUUCUGAGCUUUCUGAGGGAGAUGAAUCUGCUCGAGAAGCACCCGCUGGAUAAAUAG